AUGAAUGAAAAUGAAAUACGAAUACUUAUAUUACGAUCACAUAUUGGAGGAAAAAAGUGUUGGAUUGAACUUGCUAAAAAUUGGAAUAAAUAUGGAAAAUAUAAAAUAGUAACAAUAUCUAUGAUUAAUUCACCAUUUUCAUAUAAUGAUUUAAUAAGAAUUAUGCCAGAUAUAAUUAUAUGUAGUGAUACUGCAGGAUCACCAAGUUAUUUUACUGUAGAUGAAUCAUUUUCAUUAAAACAAUUUAUUACAAAAAUACCAUGUAGAGGAAUUAUUGGUACAUAUGCAUGUUUUUAUCAUACUGAAGGAUUUGGAAAUUCAUUACGUAUUUUUGAUAAUAGACAAAUUGCACCAUUAUUUGGAAUUUCAGAUGAUUUAAUUUUUAUAUCAUCAAAAUUAAAUGAUAAUAUUCUUUAUACUAAUUAUUCAUCUUCAUAUCUUUAUCAAAAUAUAGGUAAUUCUCAUAAAAUUUCUGGUUAUCAAUCAUCAAAAACACCAAAAAUAGGAACUUGGUUAAAAGAUAAUAAAAUUAUUGGUUUAUUACCAAAUGCUUCAUUAUUAUAUCAUACUCUUGAUUAUAAAAGUAUUAUUGUAUAUUAUCAUCAUAAACAUUAUCAUUCUUUAUAUAUUAGUUCUAUGCCUGAAUUCUCAUCUCAAAGAACUUCUUCUGAUUUCCAUUUAAUUUAUCAUUGUAUAGUUUCUUUAUUUCUUCAAUCAAAACAAUCUCCUUUAUUAUCUUUAUCACUUAAAUCUAUUAGUGAUCAUCCAACUAUUCUUUAUGAUCAAUUAAUUACUAAUAGAUCCCUUGAAAAACUUCCACCUUAUCUCCAAUCUAAAGUUUUAUCUAUUCUUAAUGGUCAAAUCCAUUUUAAUAAUGAUGAUAUUAUUUAUCUUUCUUCUUUCAAUUUCCCUUUCUUAAAACAACCUUUUCAAAUUGGAAGUCCUCAUCAUUCUACUUCUUCUUUAUUAAUUUAA